AAGUGUUUGCCGGUCGGACGGUUCGGAAAUGCGUUCCUCGGCGUCUCAAAACGUAUAGUACAGCGGGUACACACGCCGCGCGCGUACCGACCACACGAAUGCAUUUUGUUUGAUGAUAAUAAUAAAAAAUAACAUAACGAACAAUAACGAUCAUAAUAAUACUUUCGUCGUUGUCGCCGCCGCCGCCGCCGUACUUGAAAGUUUUACACUUGGUACGUUUUUUACUUACUGUGCGCUAAACUCCGUGCUCUGUCCGUCGUCGGUAUAACAUACGAGUAAAUAACAUUAACGAAGUUUUCAAGUUUUUACGAUUUUAAACGAAUCUCGAGGACGAUUUUUCCGAUUGAUCAUUAGACAACAAAUGGAUUCCUUGUCACUAAGAAUUUGGACGGAAAAAAAGAUUUUGAAAAAGCUGUGUUAUAUGUAAUACGAAGACCCGGGAAGAUUAAGAUAAAAUGACACAGACAUUGGAUAAAACAAGAAUUAUGACCCUAACAAGUACCCCGUGUGACCUGAGUACCAUGAGUCUGUUUCAAGACCUGAAACUGAAGAGGCGCAAAAUAGAUUCAAGGUGCAGCAGUGACGGUGAGAGCAUAGCGGACACGAGUACUUCAUCACCAGACGUCGCUGGUCCGGCAUCCCCGUCUUGCCGAAUGGACAGAUCUGUACCGUCGCCCGGACUUAUCAUAUCGAUGGAUAGAAUGGCGUCAUCUCCGGAAUGCGGCAGCAUGACCACGGACAGCGGGCAAGACCCGAAUGACGUGGGAGAAGGCGUCAAGGUCAAAGAGGAGAUGUUAGACGACCCGCAGCCGAAAGACGCGAUCGGGACGGGAUACGAAAACGGGACGGUGGCCGACAACAAGACGGAACCACCGUCGCCGUCGCCAUCGCCUUCGGCGGUGGCCACAGCAGCGGCGUUGGCGGCGGCGGCGACGGCGGCAGCGCAACAGGAGCAGCAGCAGCAAAGGCGCGAGUCGGUGGUGAUGACCAGCCCGUUGAGUUGCGUCGUCAAGUCGGCGACAACUCCGCCGCCGCCACCGCAGCAAUCGUUGUCGUCGUCGUCGUUAUCGCCGCCACUGACCUGGACGACGGUGAACGCUCAAGCGAAUCAGCCGCCGCCGCUGCGGUGUUACACGCCCUCCUCCGCCGCCGACUCCAUGUCGGUGACGCAGCAGUACCAGCAGCGCCGGCAGUCCGUCGUCACGUCCGUGUCGUCGGCGUUUUGGAACGCCGCGGGCACGCAGACGUCGGCCGCGUCCACUGCGCCCGGUAACGCGGCCACCGCGGCCGCAGCGUCCGUGCUGUCCGUGUGCCGCAUCAACGGCGUCCGGCCCGAGCUCAUCGGCGGCGCGGGAUUCGCGGCCACGACUGCGGCUGCUACCGGUAACACGGACAUGAAACCACCCGCCGCCAUACCCCCGCGGACCACCCGGUCAGCACCCACNNGCAUCAUGGGCGAAGCAGGUGGAGUGCGGACGAUGAUGGUCCAGUCCACCUGCACCGCGGAACAGUCAUCUACGUCGCCGGCCAGCACUGCGGGCUGCGGUUCCGUACCGUCUACGGUCAGCACGCCGUACUGGUCGUCGGCGGCCACGUGGUCGUCGAACACGUCGUCCGCGUCGUCCCCGUCACCGUCGCCCUCGGCGGUCAGCGAAGAGUCGGCCGCCCAUCUACUGCUAAAUCUCGGAGUGGCCACCGGCCACGACGUGUCGUCCGUCAUCAGCCACAUGCCCGGUCUCAGGCCCAUCGGUGGUCAGCUGCAGCAGACGUCCAAUGCCAGUGCGAAACGGCGGUGGCGGGGCGGCAGCGGCGGCGGCGGCGGUGGAGGCAACUCAUCCGGCGGCGGACAGCAGAGCUUUCACGUGCCGCUCAACAUGGAACGGCUGUGGGCCGGCGACCUGUCCCAACUCCCGGUGGCCGCCACGCAUCAGAUGCACGCGCUCAACCUGACGGCCAAUACGGGACCCGAAUGGCCGAUGUCCGGUUCCAACGGCGAAAACAAUCCGCGCCCGUCACGCUUACCACCAGAUGGAGAAGCCGAUGAACAGGAACAGCUGGUGUGCAUGAUCUGCGACGACCGAGCCACGGGUCUCCAUUACGGCAUCAUCACUGCGAAGGGUGCAUGCAAGGGUUUCUUCAAACGUACCGUCCAAAACCGAAGGAUAUACACGUGUAUAGCUGAAGGCACUUGUGAAAUAACAAAAGCUCAAAGAAACAGGUGUCAAUACUGCCGGUUUAAGAAAUGCAUCGGUCAAGGAAUGGUGUUGCAGGCCGUUCGAGAAGAUAGAAUGCCCGGUGGACGAAAUUCUGGCGCUGUAUACAACUUGUACAAGGUUAAGUAUAAGAAGAAGAGGCCACCGAAGAACGGCCAAGUCAAAAUGGAAAAGUCCGUCACAUGCACCACAGCCAGUACCAUGACUACGAUGAAAACGGAAAACCAGGAUAACAACUCCUCGUCCAUGUCGACUCUGGUCAACGGAACCAUAUUAAAGACUGCACUGACGAAUCCCAGCGAGGUCGUUUAUCUCAGACAACGACUAGACAACGCUGUGAGUUCGUCCAGAGACCGUACGUUUUCAAUUGAAGCUACGGUGAACAUGAUCAAGAACCUAGUAGACUGCGACGAAUUUCAAGAUAUCGCCACUCUGCGGAACAUGGAGGACUUGCUCGAACACAAUUCCGAUCUGUCAGCCAAACUGAUGCAGAUCGGCGACUCAAUCGUUUACAAACUGGUGCAAUGGACUAAGCGUCUUCCGUUUUACCUCGAAUUGCCAGUCGAAGUGCAUACGAGACUUUUGACACACAAGUGGCAUGAGCUAUUAGUGUUAACCACUUCGGCGUAUCAAGCAAUACACGGGCCCCAGAAAAUAUGGAACUCCACCAACAUGAACGGUGACCGGAACGAGGAUUCCGAGUUCCACCAAGAGGUAUCUCACAACCUGUGCAUAUUACAAAAUUGCCUGUCCUCGAUGAUGGGAAAACCCAUAACGAUGGACCAGCUCCGGCAAGAUGUUGGUGUGAUGGUGGAGAAGAUCACACACGUCACGCUCAUGUUCAGGAGGGUAAAGCUGCGAAUGGAAGAAUACGUGUGCCUGAAAGUCAUAAUUAUGUUGACACAGAAUAACGGCAAUACCACUAGUGAGCUAGAAACCAUCCAAGAGAGAUAUACGUCUUGUCUAAAGACUUAUGUCGAACACACUUUUCCCAUGCAACCCAAUAGGUUGCAAGAUCUCCUUCACCGACUGCCAGAGAUUCAGUCAGCUGCUUCGCUCUUGUUAGAGUCAAAAAUGUUUUAUGUGCCUUUCCUCUUGAACUCCACGAUCAGAAGUUAGUGCGUACAUUAUGCCCAGAGGAUAGCUACUGAUCAUCAUUAUUAUAAUAGAAUAGAACCAGUUACCAAAAUAAUAACUAUAUGUAAUAUAUGAAAGUGAAAACGAAGAAGAAAUUUGAAUCGUCUAGAUUGUGUCUACCUCGCACGCUUGCGCGUGUGAACGCUACCGUAAUAUAGUUAGUACGUAUUCGUUUUGUAUAGGUAAAUAAUUGUGCAUUGUUGAUUGUUAUAUUAUUAUUAUGUGAAUGAGAGGAGAUUCUUUUAUUAGGAAUAUAUUUUUUUUUAAGUU